AUGUCGCGUAUUCUAAAACCAGAUCCCUUUGAUAAUCCACGGAAGACUGUAAAGAUCCGUGGAAGAUCUACAGAGGAAAAAUCCCACUGCGUUCGUAACGAUCGUGCUGACGCGUGUGAUAUUCAUUUCCUAGAUGCAUGUAGGCUGUAUUGCCGACAAGGACGAUUCAUCGUUUAUCCCAAGGGUAUAGUAAAGGACGGAACAAGAUGUCAAUAUGGUCAAGUUACGAAAAACGAUAUUUGUAUUGGUGGAAAAUGUGUGCCUGUUGGGUGUGAUUAUGGGAUUGAAUCUGGCUUUUCAUUUGAUCGUUGUGGAGUUUGCAAUGGAGACAGCACCAAAUGCACUCAAGUGAUGAAAACAUACACUGAUGACUGGUCGCAGAUGGGGUUAAAAAACGCAGGCCUAAUGUGCGUGGUUUCCAGAGGAUCGAAAGAAAUCUGGGUGUACGAAAAGGCUUCUGACAAAAACGCCAUAGGUAAGAAUGGUGGAUUGAUUAAGUUUGCAUUUUAACUCAGCAAUUCAGAAGUACAGAGUCGUUUAUUGGUUUUCUUCACUAGCAAUAUCUAAUAGCUGUUUUCAAAUAAUUAUAUCAUUUCAAAAAUAAAAU